UAUUGCCAUUUGCAGUUGUCUGUGCACCAUCGUCAGUGUUUUGUCUAAAUUGAACUCGUAUAUCAAAUCGUUCUACAAAAUCAUACACCUUCCGUGCAUCAUUAAUGGAUUACAUUUAAAGCGCACACACAAAACCUGAACAAAGACGCAUUCUCAUAAUUUCGGAUUUGUGUCAGUGUGUUGUUGUACUUGUUGCAAAUAAGUGAAAACAAUUUGCAAACCACAGAUAUUGAAUAAAUAAAACGGGUUCCUAACCAGUUUUUAAAAUGCCUAGAGACAAGUACAGCAUAAGCGAAGUGGAAAAUGGGAAUGGAAAUGUUAAUCAAGCCUUUGAGUACGAUGGUCCUCACCAAAAUAACAACACCACGACGUCGACGCAGCUCAAUGUACGUGGACAGUUGACCUCAACGGUGGUACAAGGACCAUCGGAUCCAAGGGAGGAGUGGGACAGCCCUCUCGAGUUCCUUUUAUCAUGCAUAGCAAUGUCUGUAGGAUUAGGAAACAUAUGGCGAUUUCCAUACAUAGCCUUUGUGAACGGGGGUGGGGCAUUUCUGAUUCCAUAUCUUAUCGUCCUGUUCUUGAUCGGCAAGCCGAUGUACUUCUUGGAAAUGGCAAUGGGUCAAUUUUCUUCACAGGGACAGGUCAAAGUAUGGAAAAUGUCGCCGUUUUUCAAAGGGGUUGGAUACGCCUCGGCAUUUGGCACAGCUUGCGUUUGCAGCUAUUAUUGCAGUUUAAUGGCUAUUACAAUCUUUUACUUUUUCCAAUCCUUCCAAUCGGAGCUCCCUUGGUCAGUCUGCAAUCCAGAAUGGGAAAUAUCCCACAACCUGACCUGUGGACCGAAUCAUACCGUGAUUGGUUCCAAUAAAAGUUUACCUGAACUUUAUUUUAAGAUUGACGUACUUCGAGAGAUUGACAGUAUUGACGACGGCAUAGGUCUACCCGAGUGGCGUCUUAGUUUGUGUCUCCUGGCUUCGUGGGCCAUAAUUUUGUUUUCUUUAAUAAAAGGAGUGAAGAGCGCUGGAAAAGUUGCCUACUUCACUAGCCUGUUUCCAUAUUUUGUGCUGAUUAUUCUGCUCAUACGAGGAUUGACAUUGCCAGGAGCGACUACCGGAAUUUCGUACUUUUUUAGUCCGCAAUGGGAAAAAUUACUGGACCCUUCGGUUUGGGCAGCCGCAGUGACUCAGUGUUUCUUCAGUCUCUCCACCGGAUUUGGACCCAUAAUCAUGUUCAGUUCGUAUAACAAAUUUUCGCACAAUGUGUACCGAGAUGCAAUGAUAAUCAGCAUCAUGGACACUUUGACGAGCAUUUUAGCAGGAGUUACAAUUUUUUCUGUUCUUGGGAACCUAGCGUACGAAUUGGGUAAAGAAAUUGAAGACGUUGCGUCGGCAGGACCUGGGCUGGCGUUCGUAUCAUAUCCAGAAGCAAUCAGCAAGUUUCAGUUUGUCCCACAACUAUUCGCCGUACUGUUCUUCUUGAUGCUUUUCACACUCGGAGUUGGAAGUGCCACUUCGCUUACCAACGCUAUUAUAACUGUUAUCCAUGAUCAGUUUAGCAGUAUUGAGAAAAAGUGGAUAACAACAGUCGUUUGCAUAGUAGGUUUCUUCUCCGGCCUAAUCUAUGUCACCCCUGGAGGUCAAUUCAUGUUAGAAUUGGUGGACACAUUUGGGGCUGGAUUUAUAAUUUUCAUUGUCGCUCUUCUUGAAAUGAUCGGAUUUGUCUGGAUAUACGGGUUGAACAACCUUGUGCGCGAUAUCGAAUUCAUGCUGAAUAUAAAAAUCAGUUGGUACUGGAAAUUCUGCUGGUCAAUUUUCAUCCCGGUCAGCUUGUCGGUCAUUUUCAUUCAAGCUACGAUCAAGAGUGCUUCGAGUACUCUGAAGUACAACGGUGCCAGUUUCCCUCCAGAAGCUGUUGUUUGCGGAUGGAUGAUUGCUGCAGUGGCCUUAUUGAUCUUACCGGUCGCAGCGUUACAUUCCGUUUGGACGAGAAAAGCAGGUUCACUGGAUGAGAAAUUUAUGGAAUCAUUCCGCCCGACGUCGGAAUGGGGUCCGAAAGAUCCAAAAAUCCGUGAAAGCUGGUUGCGAACUCCUCCUGGUAAAAGUGCUGUAGUAGAAUUGAAAGAAAUGUAUCACACAAUUAAGAAACGAACAGUUAAAUAAUUUGAAAAUUCCAUUAUGUGCACAAAUUUGUGUUAGUACCAAAUAGGAUUUUGUAUUGAACAAUUUUUAUUUUGAAUCACGACUACUCAGAAUCUUUGAGCCUUCGUUAAUGUUUAAAUGACACAAUUUUAACAUUUGAUGGAUUACAUAUGUAGGUAUUUGAUGAUAUACUUUUUAACCCAUAAAAUGAUAUGAAAUGUUGACUGACUGUGAUAAAGUAUGCAUAUUCGUAAGCAACUCGGUUAUUUUGUAUAUAGAUAAAUGUUUUGACUAAUUGUUAAAUAAUUUUACUUACAUAUUUAUCGAAAAAAGUAACCUCAUAAUCUGUAAGAAAAUAAAUUGGUGAAUAUUCAACACACAAUAA